AUGCUGGCUCUCAGUGGUAGUAGGCUGCUUCUCCGGGGCUGCCGCUCAUGUACCGGAUCACUUACCGUAUGGAGAGCCUGCAGCUCCACCGAGGACAGUGCGAAGGAUAACCCGCUAGUGUACCUGGAUGUUACGGCAGACAACAAGCCUCUGGGGAGGAUUGUACUGGAGUUGAAAAAAGAAAUGGUGCCAAAAACUGCAGAAAAUUUCCGAUUGUUAUGCACUGGAGAGAAGGGCUUUAGUUAUAAAGGAUCCACGUUCCACAGAAUAAUUCCUGACUUCAUGUGCCAGGGUGGAGAUUUUACAAAUCACAAUGGAACUGGAGGGAAAUCCAUUUAUGGAAGUCGCUUCCCUGAUGAAAACUUCAUACUGAAGCAUACAGGGCCAGGUGUUCUCUCAAUGGCUAAUGCAGGGCCGAACACAAAUGGAUCCCAGUUCUUUAUCUGUACCACAAAAACUGAAUGGCUGGAUGGUAAGCACGUGGUGUUUGGUAAUGUGACAGAAGGCUACGAUGUACUGAAGAAAAUUGAAGGUUGUGGACAGAAGGGUGGCCGCCCUACAAAAAAGAUUGUUAUUGCAGAUUGUGGUGAACUUUCUUGAUAUCAACUCUUUCUUCCACGCUAU